GCUCCAACACGCGAAAGGCCCUGAGGUCGGGCCGGGCCGGAGGCGUCCCUAGCGACAGCGAGAGAGGGGAUUUGGGCGCGACAGCGGGGGAGUGGGAGUCAUUUUGGAAGUGAAUUCAGUAUUUGGCAGCUGGCGGGAACCUUGAGAAUCUCAGCAGCAGUUUUCUUGGAUAUUUCCUUUCAGGUUCAUGCUACACAAGUGAAAACAUCUGUUACCCGAAACGCUGAUCUCCAGUGCAAACCAUUGUUCCUUAGAAUCAAGUGAAGUAAGGAGAAGGAAGUUCCAGAAUCAGGAAAGCGUCACUUCUGGGGAUGCCAUUAAUUUGAGAUGUGAGAGCCAUGACCAGAAUUUGAGUGACAAUCUAGAAAAGUAAAAAAAGAAGAAUCCGAGUUCCAGUCAUUUUCUAAGAACAGAAGAAAAUGACCAAGGUCCAGGAAUCAUUAUUAUUUGAAGAUGUAGCUGUGGAGUUCACCCGGGAGGAGUGGAGGCUACUAGACCCUGCUCAGAAGAACCUGUACCAGGAUGUGAUGCUAGAAAACUAUAGCAACCUGCUGUCCGUGGGGUAUCAAAGUCCCAAACCAAUUCAGAUCUUCAAGUUGAAGCAAAGAGACAAACCAUGGUUAGAAAAGGAAAAUAUCCACGGUCAGAACUUUCCAGAAGUUGGAGAAAUUGGUGAUCAUAUGCAGUGGUCUUUGGAAAUCCAAAACAAGCGUAAAAAUAUGGAAAGAGGCCGUGAACACAGUUCAUCGGGAAAUGUGUUUCAUCUGCGCAGAAAUCUUGUUACUUUAAGUCAAAGCCAUGAUAAGUCUGAUGUACUGAACUCUAAUUUAGAUUUAGUUAACCAGAAUAAAAGCUGUGUAGCGAAGAAUCCUGACAAGUUUAAUAAAUAUGAGAAAUCGUUUCUUCAUACUAAGCAUGAAAAACGUUACACUGGAGUUAAAUGCAAUAAAUAUGGAAACACCAUCUGCACCAAUUCGAAACUCAGUAUACAUCAGAUUGAAAAACGAAAGAAACAUGAGUGUAUUGAAUGUGGUAAAACCUUCAUCAAAAACUCUCAACUCACUGUACAUCAGAGAACUCAUACAGGAGAGAAACCAUAUAAAUGCCUUAAAUGUGGUAAAGCCUUCUGUAGGAAAGCAGAGCUCAAUAUACAUAUGCAAGUGGAAAGAGGAAUAAAACCCCAUGAAUGUAGUGAGUGUGGGAAAACUUUCUCCAGGAAAUCUCAGCUCCUUGUACAUCAGAAAACUCAUACGGGAGAGAAGCCCUAUACAUGCGGUGAAUGUGGAAGAGGCUUCAUCCAGAAGGGUAAUUUUCUUAUACAUCAGCGAAUUCAUACUGGAGAGAAGCCCUAUGGAUGCAAGGAAUGUGGUAAAGCCUUCAGUCAUAAGCCAUGUCUUGUUGCACAUCAGGUAUUUCACACUGGAAAUCCUCCCUAUGUAUGCAGUGAAUGUGGAAGAGCUUACUUUCAAAAGUCGAGUCUCAUUAGACAUCAAAGAGGUCAUACAGAAGAGAAACGCUAUAAAUGCAAUGUAUGUGGGAAAGGCUACUCCACGAAGUCAAUACUCAGUAGACAUCAGAGAAUUCAUACAGGAGAGAAACCCCAUGGAUGCAGCAAUUGUGGGAAAGCCUUCUGCCACAAGUCCUCCCUCACUAAACAUAAGAAAACUCAUAUGAAAGAGAAAUGUGUGGAUUCAGUCAAGGUGGAAAAUGAUUUUCUUGGGAACCACAGCUCAUUAUGUACCACAGAACCUGUACAGGAGAAAAACUCUCUUGAAACAAUGACAGUGCAAGGGCCUUCUGUGGCCGUGCAGACAUCAUUAAAUAUCAGUGGGUUCCUAGCCCAAGGGAAUGUAGUCCUUGUGGGACAGCCUGUUGCCAGAUGUGUACCCUCAGGAAAUAACAGAGAAUUUGUACAGGAGAGAAACCUUAUGAAUGCAGUAAAUGUGGUAGUGCCUUCAGUUACCAAUUAUGUCUUAUUUUAUGUCACAGGAAACGUGUAGGGAAG